GAAUCUUCUAGGCGCCGUUCUUCUAGGCGCCGCGUUGUCGUGGUCCAAUCUUGCAGGCUCCCUCCAACGUUCACCUCACGGCGAUGGCCACGCAAGAGCCGGCGUCGUCGGAGGGGGCGCAGCGUCGGCGGCCCCGCGUCCUCCUGGCGGCGUCCGGCAGCGUGGCGGCCAUCAAGUUCGAGGGCCUCUGCCGCAGCGUCGCCGAGUGGGCCGACGUCCGCGCGGUGGCGACCGCGUCCGCCCUCCACUUCAUCGACGGGGCCUCCUUCCCCAGCGCCGUCCCGCUCUACACCGACGACGACGAGUGGUCCCGCUGGAGGCGCGUCGGCGACGAGGUCCUGCACAUCGAGCUCCGCAGGUGGGCCGACGCCCUGGUCAUCGCGCCGCUCUCGGCCAACACCCUCGCCAAGAUCGCCGGCGGGCUGUGCAACAACCUCCUGACGUGCGUGGUGCGCGCGUGGGACUACGGCAAGCCCGUCUACGUCGCGCCGGCGAUGAACACCUUCAUGUGGGACAACCCCUUCACGGCGCGCCACCUCGGCGUCGUGCGCGAGCUCGGUGUGUCCCUCAUCCCGCCGGUGACCAAGCGGCUGGCCUGCGGGGACUACGGCAACGGCGCAAUGGCGGAGCCGUCGGAGAUCUGCAGGACCCUGAUGCUCUUCUUCGGACCACAACAUCUUUAGCAGCAGUUGGAGCCUUGUAGUCAAAGCUCUUCUGUAGUUCAGUUAGAUUGGCUUUCUGUAUGGGAUGUGUGACUUGCUUGAUGAUCUA